AUGGUGCGCCGCGCUCUCCUCUUCUUCUCGGCAGCAGCACGCACGGUACGCUGUGCGCAGCUGGACCCAGCCACCGCUGACCGAAUCCGAGGUGCCUUUGUCGGCGCCUUGGUGGCGGACGCGCUGUCGCUGGCGACCCACUACGAGUACGAUGCGACCCGCAUUAAGAAGUUCUACGGCGCGAUCGACCGGUACUACGCGCCUGGCGAGAAGACGGGGGGCACGACGCACGGCGUGGGCUGGGGCGCACGCAACUUCCACGACGGCAACGGCAACGGACCGGCGAAACAAGCCGGUGAGCAGACGGACUACGGCGAUUACAACCUGCUGGUCGCCGAACAUCUCGCGGCUACGGCGCCCUCGCGGCCCUUCGACGUGGCCGAGUUCCUGCCGCGCUGGCGCGAGGCGCUGGCGACGUGGCGGAGCUGGAUCUGCACGCAGACGCGGCUCACGUACAACCAGGUGGCGCAGGGGGCGCCCGUGUCAUCGCUCGGCGGCAACUCGAACGCCAUGUCGUUCCGCGGCGCCGCCCUGCUCGGCUACUACAACGACGAGGACGCCGUCGCAAACGCGGCGCGGAAGGCGUCGUUCACGCACCGCGAGGCGACGGCCCUCGACGGAAGCGAGUUCUUCGCGCGCGUGGCCUUCCGCGUGUCGCGCGGGGCGGCGCCGCGGGACGCCAUCCAGGAAGUCGCCGCGGCGUCGUCGCCAUUCGUGCAGAAGAAGGUAGCGCAGGCACUGGCCAAGGUCGACGAGGCGACGGACCCGGCGCAACCGCUUUCGAAAGAAGACUUCGUGGACGACCUCGCCCUCACGUCGAUGGCGCGGCUGUGGGACGUCGGGAAGAGCGAGCCGAUCAAAGUCGGCAAGGCCUCGCCGACGGAAGGCACGCUCCCGGGCGCCGUCUAUUUUAUCGUGAAGUAUGACAAUAAUCUCGUGGCUGCGGCGCGGGCGAAUGCAGAGGUCGGAGGCGACUCCGCGUCGCGCGCCGUCGCGAUCGGCGCCGUCCUCGGCGCGGCGGGGGGCCUGGGCGCCAUACCGCCGGAGCUGGGCGCGGGCAAGCUCGUCGAGUGGGACCGGGCGCUCGCAUUGCUCGACCGCAUGCCGCUGCUGCGCGACGACGACUCGGGCGAGCUCUGA